AUGGGUCGCAGAAAGAUUGAAAUAAAAGCGAUCAAGGAUGAUCGCAAUCGAUCAGUAACGUUCCUGAAGCGCAAAGGAGGCUUGUUCAAAAAGGCGCAUGAAUUGUCUGUUCUCUGCUCCGUGGACGUGACUGUGAUCAUAUUCGGGCACAAUAAGAAGCUAUACGAGUUCUCGUCCGCAGACAUCCAAGAGACCCUAGGACGGUACCAAUACUAUGGCAAGGCACAUGAACACAAGGGCCCUGCUGAUUUCACUGGAAAACAGAACAUGGACGACGAUGACGAAGACGAUGGCUCCCUUCCCCCAGAAGAUGUCCAGUCGCAACGUAACCAUAGUAAUCCCGUUCCACCACAACCUCAUCAACAAACGUUCCAGCAUGUGAACCAUACUCCUUCUGUGUCUCCACCGAUACCCAACGGUGUCCAGUACCAUCCUCGUAAUGGAACCCCUCUGCCUCCGGGCGUCAAUUCUAGACCGUCGUCGAGAAAUACCGUCCCUGCAGUGAACUUGGUUCCUCCGCAACAUCAACACGCAACACCGCCGCCGCAGGCUCAGAACGGUUACGCGUAUAUGCCGAACGGACCUGUCUACAAUUCCCAGGCAAACCCGCACCCUCCUCGACCAGGCCCACAGUUUCAGUAUGCAAGACCGCCUCCACCUCCGCCACCACAGCACCAGUCGCAACACCCCGUGGGCGUCUCCCACCACCCCCAACAGCCUCCUAUUCCAACUCAUCUUCAACACCAGCAGCACCAGCAAUCACAUCCACAACAUCAUCCUCCAUCGACCCAGCACCCGCCUUUACCGCAUCAUUCAUACAUGCAGGAGCAGCAACGGAGGCAGUCUAUUCCAACCACUUUUUCGCAACAGGAGCACCACAGUGCAGCACCCGCAGAGCAGCCAUUGACCCGACAAACACCUGACGUCAAGGCUGAACGCCCGUCGUCUCCGCCCCCACGACCGCAACCAACCAAGUCAAGGAGCAUUUUCACACCAAUUGACGACCGUGGAUCGGUUCUGGCUCAACAUUUCGGUUUUGGGCCGCCAGCAGAAUCGCCAAAGGCUGAAUCACCCGCUGUCAAACCUGAGUCUGAGAAAUUUGCAAAGUCGUCGGCUCCACCGCCCAGGCCAGUUCCCGUGCCCCCGCGUUCGCAUCCCCAACCACAGCGAACCCAGUCGAUAUCUUCAAUUCCUGAUAUUACACCAAAUUCAAGGAAUAAUAGCAUAGCUAGCGUUAGACGACCACAGCUCAAAGUCCAGAUUCCCAGCGAGCAUUCCGACGCGGGUGACGCCACAGAGGAAUCAGGACAUGAUUCCGGCACUACUGGAGCGACUCCGGCAAGGGGUGGUUCCGAUCCAGGUCAUUCCGCGGUAGUGCUUCCUCCACCUUCACCCUCUGCUAGCGCAUUAUUAAGUGCAGGUGCUCAUGGCCCUCCAAAUCCUUUCGCAAGGCCUCCACCUCCAGGUGCUGUACCGCCGGGCGCGGCUGCUUACAACGGUGGCAAUAACAAUAUUGAAACUCCCAUCUCUGCACUACCUAGUCGUUUUGUCUCUGAGGCCCUUCUUCCUUCCCCAUCCAGCUUCUACCCCGAGUGGGGCUUUGGACGAUCUGGCCCGGAUAGUAAUAUGCUCCCGAGUCCGCUUACUUUCCCAACACCCGUCAUGCAGUCCGGUCCGGGAUUCGUAAAGGAGACGGAAAGCCAGGAGAAGAAACGGAAAAGUCCUGAUAGCGGACCGGGUGUUCCGGAGUCUGUCGGACCAGGAAAGAGGCUGAAAGUUGAUAGUUAA